CACUGUUCGUAUUCUCAACAAGUUCACUUUAAGUUUGGCUCACAGCCUCGGUUCAGUUUCAGUUUUUCGCUUAAUGCGAGCACAACAAGCCCGAUGAAGUUCUUCGCCCUGCUGUCCCUCCUGCUGGGAUCUCUGGCCAUCGGCCAGAUCUCCGCCGCCAACACCCAUCACCUGCUCUGCUACUACGACGGCAGCAGCUUCAUCCGCGAGGGUCUCUCCAAGCUGAUCCUCUCCGACCUGGAGCCCGCCCUGCAGUACUGCACCCACCUGAUCUAUGGAUACGCCGGCAUCAACCCCUCCAGCAACAAGCUGGUGAGCAACAACGAGAAGCUCGACCUCGACCUGGGCAGCAGCCUGUUCCGCCAGGUGACCUCCCUGAAGCGCAAGUACCCCGCCCUGAAGGUCCUGCUGAGUGUGGGCGGCGACAAGGACGUGGUGGACCCCGAGAACAACAAGUACCUCACCCUGCUCGAGAGCAGCAACGCCAGGAUCCCCUUCAUCAACAGCGCCCACUCCCUGAUCAAGACCUACGGCUUCGACGGCCUCGACCUCGCCUGGCAGUUCCCCAAGAACAAGGCCAAGAAGGUGCACGGUAGCAUCGGAAAGUUCUGGAAGGGAUUCAAGAAGAUCUUUACCGGCGACUACAUCGUCGACGAGAAGUCCGAGGAGCACAAGGAGGAGUUCACUGCCCUGGUGCGCGAACUGAAGAACGCCUUCCGGCCCGAUGGCUACCUUCUGGGACUCAGUGUCCUGCCCAACGUGAACUCGUCGCUCUUCUUUGAUGUGCCAGCCCUGAUCAACAACCUGGACUACGUAAACUUGCACGCCUACGACUUCCAGACCCCUGAGAGGAACAACGAGGUGGCUGACUUCCCGGCCCCGAUCUACGAGCUGAACGAGAGGAACCCCGAGGCGAACGUGAACUACCAGGUCAAGUACUGGACCCAGAACCGGGCCCCGGCCUCCAAGAUCAACGUCGGCUUGGCCACCUACGGACGCGCCUGGAAGCUCACCAAGGACUCCGGCCUGACUGGACUGCCUCCAGUAGCCGAGGCCGACGGCGUGGCCCCCGCUGGUACCCAGACCCAGGUUCCCGGCCUCCUUAGCUGGCCGGAGGUGUGCGCCAAGCUGCCCAACCCCGCCAACCAGCACCUCAAGGGCGCCGACGGCCCGCUCCGCAAGGUGGGUGACCCCACCCGGCGCUUCGGCAGCUACGCCUACCGCUCCGCCGACGACAGCGGCGAGAACGGCGUCUGGGUGGGCUACGAGGACCCCGACACGGCGGCCAUCAAGGCGGAGUACGUGAAGCGGGAGGGUCUGGGCGGCAUCGCCGUCGUCGACCUGAGCUUCGACGACUUCCGCGGCGGCUGCACCGGCGGCGACAAGUUCCCCAUCCUGCGCAAGAUCAAGGGCAGUCUGUAGACGAGGAAUCCCCAUCUAACCUAUUUGUUUUUUUUGUAACUGUAAUUGACACCAAACUUUGUAAUCCUUGAAAUGCAUCAUGACGAAAGAUA